AUGAAUAGAGAAGUAAUCCACCACUGCGUCUGCUGCAAGGAAGCUCCUUCGGUACUUCUUGCCCAAAGCCCCUUUUGCUCUGAAUGCUUUGUAAACCGACUGGAGAAAGUAUUCUUUGCCGAAGUCAGAAAAUCUCUCUCCCAUACAUUUCGAAAGAGAGAGCGAAAAGUGUUAGUUGUUCUGGAUGACAACACUUUGGCAUCGCAGAUACUAAAAAAUCUCACGAAGAAAAGCACAUCUGCGACGAUUAAGUAUCACUACUGCACAUUUACAAAAGAUGAAAAUGCGCCAUGCAAUGGCUACACCUAUAUAGCAUCUAAAGAGAACACGCACAACUCGCGUGUUGAGGCAGCAAAGGAGUAUGCAUUUAACAAUGACUUUAGCUGUAUUUUGUUCAGCCACUACUCUGUAGAAGUGGCCUAUGAAAUAUUAAAAAUGAUAACCAGUGGAAAUGUUGCGCAGUAUAUAGAGGCGUUCAAAGGAGACAAUACAAUAUCAGUUUGCUAUCCAUUCUAUGCUGUCUCUUACAAGUCAAUUGCUUUUUUUGCUCUAUACACUGGAAUACUUGAUAGCCCAGCAUAUAUUAAAAUAAGUGAGAGAAAGGAAAGGGAGUCGCAGGCCCACGGUGUACUAAUUCGCGAUUUGCUAAAGAAUUCUCCUGCGAGUAUUCUAAACCUCAUAAGAAUACAGCAGCGAAUGGAAGAUGCAUAA